GGUUUUACAGUAAACCCAAUCAGCCAACACACCCAUUUCAGGACAACUAAACCAAGACACAGACGUGAACACAUCUCCUCUCAAGACACAAAAGAAAAGUACUGCCUCUUCAUAAUGCUGAAGAAGCUUGACAACGGGAACACUGAGAUGGCAAAAACAUCACACAGUUGCGGCCUGUUCUGCCUUGGCCCUCUGACCUUCCACCGUGAGGCUGUGGGAAACAAGGUCUGCCUGAGCCAGGGGGGUCGACUCGCAGUGAGGACGGGGCACACCUUCAGAAACGGUCUGGUGUUCAGCAACCGCCCAGUGAAAGUCUGCGAGAAGAUUUGCCUGAGGGUGGAGAAACAUUUGUUCACAUGGCACGGUGCACUGCGCGUGGGCUUCACCAACGUGCCACCCUCAGCCAGAUCUCUGCCUCUGCCGUCCAUGGCCAUCCCUGACCUCAGCGACAGCCCAGGGCAUUGGGCUGCCCCUGUGCAUGAAUUCUACUGCCAAGGAGGUUCAGAGCUGCAGUUCUGGGUUUCACAUGGUGGCAGCAUAUAUGUCAAAAGCAACGACGGCAUGAAACAUAAACUGCUGAAGGGGGUGAACCUCGGUCAGCCCCUGUGGGCAAUGAUAGACAUCUACGGUCAGACGUGCUCCAUUUUCCUCCAUGGAUCAGAGAAAAGGAAGCUGUUUGUCACAAGAAGAUCCUGUCCUGCGUCUGAACCCCUCACCUCGCCUGAUGUUGACAAUGACUACCUUUCGAUUUUUGAUAGACCAAGUCUCUUUAGAAACAUAGAUUUCUCCAUCUCCAGCCCUGACAUGGAAGUCCCAGCAGAUGAAGCCUGUGUGGCGUGCAUGACACUAAAGGCUAACAACACUCUGCCUUGUGGCCACCGGUGUUUGUGCAACCACUGCAAACCCAUGGUUUUCCUGCAUGUCGGCACCUGCCCGCUGUGUCGACGUGAUAUGUGACUUGUGAUUAUCAGUGGAGGGGGCAGUUUGAAGAGGUUUGCCAUGUGGCCACAGUGUCCCUUGUUGAAGCCCAACCAUGUUUUUCAGCUCUCUCUUCCUUGAUGUGUAAAUGUUGAACAAAUGUUGAACUGAGAUGUUUAUGUGAAGAUACUGAACUGGAGUAUUACCUGAUCAUGUGUGACGAUUUACUGCUUGCAGAAUGAAAGGAACUGCACUUUUAUUUCGUUUGUUAAGGCAAACAUGAAACAUGGUGAGGACAAUCUAUGAUUUAUAGUUUCUGCACUCACAGCAAGUGUAAUGUAAUCUAUGUAAUAUAAUAAUAAUAUAAUAAUAAUAUUGUACAGUAUAUUUACCCUCGUUGAUGUUAUAAAUCUUAUCAGUGUUUAUUUUUGUACAUUUAAAGUAGGUCCGAAAAUGAUGUUUUAUUUUAAUUAAUUAUUGAAAUAUGCCUGUAAAAAUAAAUGUUAUCAUAACUAUGA